GUCAAAGUUCAGAUUUAAACCCUGCUGUUCCCUUUACUUGAGCUUUUCAACACAUCCUUCCCGUACAGUGGCUUAAAGGCUUUCACCAGUCAGAAUGAAGUUCCUAUUUCAAUUGCUUGCCUUCGCUCUCAUCAUAACCUCCACAUUUUGUGGAGUCAAGGACGUCACUGAGCACUUUGAAAGCCUUAAAGGUGCACAGCCACAUGAAAAUGGGACUUACAUGCCAAACCUACCACUCGAGUUCCACAGAGAAAACACCAUCACUAAUGACUUGAUUCCUGAAGAGGAGGAGGAAGAGGACUACCUAGACCUUGACAGGAUACUGAAUGAAGAUGACUACAGUGAUGUUAUUGAUGCUGCCCCACACAUGGUUUCUGAAGUUCAACAAGGAAAUAUUCUUGAACUAUUCCAAGGCAAAACCAGAAUCCAGCGCCUCAAUAUCCUCAAUGCAAACUUUGGCUUCAACCUUUACCGCAGCGUGGCAGACAAGGCCAGCUCCUCAGACAAUAUUAUCAUGGCUCCUGUUGGUAUUUCCACUGCAAUGGCUAUGAUUUCCCUGGGCCUGAAGGAUCAAACCCAGCAGGAAGUGUUAUCAGUUCUCGGCUUUCAAGACUUCAUUAAUGCCAGCAGCAAAUACGAGCUCAUGACCGUCCACAACCUCUUCCGCAAACUCACCCAUCGGCUCUUCAGGCGCAACUUCGGCUUCACGCUGAGGUCUGUCAAUGACCUUUAUAUCCAUAAAGACUUUUCUGUCCUCAAUGAUUUCAAAACCAACAUGAAAACAUACUACUUUGCUGAUGCCCAAGCAGCUGAUUUCUCAGAUCCCAGUUUCAUAGCCAAAACCAACGAACGCAUCUUGAAGCUGACCAAGGGAUUAAUAAAGGAAGCUCUUGUGAAUAUAAACCCUACAACACUGAUGAUGAUUCUUAAUUGUCUUUACUUUAAAGGAACUUGGGAGAACAAGUUUCCAGUGGAGAUGACCACGAAGCGAAGUUUCCGGCUGAACGAGAAGCAGACGGUGAAGGUGCCCAUGAUGCAGACCAAGGGCACCUUCCUGGCUGCUGCUGACCCCGAGCUGGACUGCAGCAUCAUCCAGCUGCCCUUUGUGGGCAACAUCAGCAUGCUCGUGGUGCUCCCACACAAACUGGCUGGAAUGAAAGCCCUCGAGAAGCAGAUCACACCUCAAGUGGUAGAAAAGUGGCAGAAGAGCAUGACAAACAGAACAAGAGAAGUGGUUCUGCCUAAAUUUAAGCUGGAGAAGACUUAUAACUUGAUUGAUUAUCUGAGAUCCAUGGGAAUAGAAGAACUGUUCAAUGGAAAAGGAGACUACUCUGGCAUAUCAGAUGAGAAGAUCACCAUUGACAGGUUCAAUCACCAAGGCACAAUCACAGUGAAUGAGGAGGGCACAGAGGCUGCAGCAAUAACCACGGUGGGGUUCAUGCCUCUCUCCACCCAGAUCCGCUUUGUGGUGGAUCGCCCGUUCCUGUUCCUGAUCUACGAGCACCGCACCAGCUGCCUCCUGUUCAUGGGCAGAGUGGCCAACCCAGCCACAUCUUAAAAACAGAGAACAUCCUCCAACACUCUGUUACACAUGGGCUGUGUAAUUAAUUAUAUGUUAAAAUACCAGUAUCAUAAAGGAAAAUUUAUUGCCGUAUUAGCCAAUACAAAAGUCACUGGUAUAAAAAGAAAAUGUAUUAUCUACAGGUAGUUUCUCAUGAGUGGACUCACAGCAGCAGAUAAUUUGUCUGCAAUUAGUGUCAUGUACUGAUACAAGUGUAUUACUAGCAAAAAAAAAAUCACAAAGUACCUUACACUUUGUGUUUUGCGAGUGUAUAAAAUGUAAUCAAUAAAGUGUUUAGACUA